AUGAAAAAUAAAAAUCAUUUGGUGUCUUUGAUUAAGAAGAUAAUUGACUAUCAGAAACCAGAUCACCUUGCUAGAUCUUGUAUACAAAAAUGUCAAGUUGGUAAUAGAUGUAUCAAUGUGAGGUGGAUAGAUUUUGAAAUUAAUAGAGAAGGAAUUGAUCAUGUGAAGAAAAAGAGUAAAAUUAGUGAUGGCAUAAGAGGAACAUUUGUAAAAAUAAAUAGAAAAGUGGCAGAAGCAUCAAUUAGAUUUAGUUCAAGUAAUGACUGUAUUGAUCGUGAUUUUGUUGGAUAUAUCUCUGAUAUUAAGAUUGAUGUGUGUAGUGUUAAAAAAUGGUCAGUGUAUUAUACAAUUAAGUCAGGCCUUAAAAAAGCAAUAUUCAUAAAAGAGGAUCAAUCUGCAAAAGAUAUAAAGUUCAACGUUAAUGAUAAUGAGGGUGAAGCUGCAGAUAGUAGAGCAAAUAAACCUGGAAAUUACCAACAUGGGAUUAAAAAUGAAAAAGAUGAGCAAAAGGCAUCAUCUUGUUAUGACAAAAAUGAAAGAUGUGUAAAAUUAGAAGGAGUAUAUGUAAAUCAGCCAUGCGCUAUACGAACAAUAAAUGGUAUAUUCAGAACUAGAGGCCCUGUGAACAAUCCAACAAGAUUGUGCGAUUUGAGUACCUCACAGGGUAUAGAUGUUCAGAAUCGAUGUAAAAGUACAAAAGUUAAAAUGUUGAAUGCUCAGAAGCUUGAUGGUUAUAAGAACCUUGAGCAAGGUGUUGGUUGGA